AUGAUUUAUUCAUUAUACAUAUUAAAUAAAGCAGGUACCCUUAUAUAUCAAAAUGAUUAUGGACCCACAGAAAAAUUAUCACAUAAUUCAUAUAUUAGAUUAGGUUCAACAUUCCAUUCACUUCAUGCAAUUGCAAGUAAUUUAUCACCAGUUAGUGGAUCAAGCUCAGGUAUUGAAUUAAUAGAAACAGAUACUUUUAAAUUACAAUGUUUCCAAACACAUACUGGUAUUAAAUUUUAUAUUAUAGCAGAUCCAAAUCAUCCAGGCUUAGAAGAAAUUCUUCAUGGUAUUUACGAAUUGUAUACUGAUUAUGUAUUAAAGAAUCCUUUCUAUGAAAUUGAAAUGCAAAUUAGAUGUGAUUUAUUCGAUUACAAACUAUCAAGAUUAUUAAAAUUGACAACUGAUUAA